CAACCACCCCCUACACAAAUCAAAAAACAAAACCUUUUAUUCCAAAAAUGAAAAAUAGCCUGAGGAAACAAAGUCUGGAAUUAUUUUUUGGCAACAUUUUAACAAUAUAGAAUAUACUGCUAAAUGUCAUGCCCUAGCCUUAAGGAAUGUAUUUCUUUUAAUGAAGAUGUAAGACAUCUCCCAUUUGCUUCCAGGAUAGUCUGCUUGCCUUCCCUUCAGUGUUUGCUGUAUCCAUGGCAACAGAGCUCUAUUUCCCCUCCACUGCCUGUGGCAUUAUGGGGUCAGGUGAAUACACCUACAAGCUAUCUGUUUGACUAGUUAACCUUGCUCUAACAGGGCUGCAGAUUUCCCCAGUUAGGUGUGUUUGACAGCAGUGGAAGUAUGAACCAAAAAGUCGCGGCGCAGGAUAAAUGGGCCCAAGCUGGAUGGAGAAUAGAGCAGAAGUAUGCAAACAAAGUGCUGUUAGGCAACUGGGCCGAGGAAAGACUCCAGUUUACUCGGGAGCCAAAGACAGCCAACAGCACCAGUCGUGUAGACUACCGGCCCCACUGGGACUUCAAGCCAGACAUCUCUGAGAGAAGAUCUGCACUGCUGAAAGCUGAGGGGCUUCCAUCCAAGAUGCUAUUUUCCCACUCUGACCCACCAUCUUCACAUUAUUUGCUCACCGAAUAUGAAGAAAGCUUUGAGCAUAAGCACACUAAUGCUUUGCCCACCCUUCAACCCUGGCAUCCAGACAACUUGACAUGGCAGCCUGACAGGUUGGACCGGCCCAUUUCUGCCCUUCCAACCAACACUGGCACAGGGCAGUCCACAAAUCACAGUUUCGAAAAGCAGCAGCCACACCUCCAUUCCCUGACUGUAUACAAGUCAGCAUACCAGAGGCACCCAUUUAGUGCCCUCUGCCAGAGCUGCUUUGCCAGGGCUUCACACUGUCUCUCUAGCCACCUCCAUGCAGCCAAUCACAACAACAAGGACCUGGAUCUUAGACACCGCUCACUCCUGCAAGUCCCAGAUCAUUGUUUCAGCCUUUUUCCGCCAUUACAACAGGCUUGGAGAAAAGACUGUGGCUCCUGAAUUGCCUCAUAUGCUGCUUGUUAAUUGAGAAGCCCUGCUUAAAAGUGUGCUGCUUUGUGAUUCAUCUUUUGUAAUAAUUGGCAGCCUGAAAUAUUUUUAACUGAACAGACCAUUUGGGAAAUCAAAAGGAACUAAAGAAUUAAACAUGAUUCUCAUUAUGUGUAAGGACUACUGUAGAUGUGCUCCGUGUUGUGUGAGGAGCAGUUUGGGCAUUUAUAUAUGUAUGAACUGGUGUGUGUCUGUGUGCAAGAGGGAGAAAGGAGGGGGAGCUAUAAAUUAUGUCCACCCUUCCAGAGAAUGAUUACAUGCAAAUUUUCUCUCUGUCUGCACUUUAUAUGUGAAACUCAGAAUUGACUGUUAGUAUUACCCUAGACGCUCUGUGGAAAAAAAAUAAAGGAAUAAAUAAAUGAAACGAGUGUUGAUGCUAGAACUGACCUGAGUAUUGAGGCAAACCAGAAGCCAUGAGUCAUCCAAGGCAAUGUCUGAAGGGACAUGUCUAACUCCCAUUCCAUUAGGUGUUUAAUUACAGGGAAUCAAAGUGUUUAAUUAGGAAGAAUCAAAGAUGCUUAUGUUUGAUGGUCAACCAUCUGCGUCUGCCUCCCUUUUUCCCGCCUGCCUGCUGCCUUCCUCUGCAGCUCUGUUUCACUCACUGUUAGCUAGUUAGUCACUUUACUGUGCUGCUGAUGCCUGUGUGUCACAUGACACAUCUGUGUUAUGGGAGGCCUGCAACACGUCUUACCAAAACCACCACUGUGUUUGCCGUCUGAGCCACAUGAUGGUGCUAUAGCAGCAUGUCACUCUGAGAGCCUUUGAAGUCCUCAGCUUUACAGUCUGUACACUGAGAGACUUGAUUGUAAAAUGAGCAGACAAUGAGGGAUUUAAUAUUUGUGUCAUUAUUAUGCAUUUUUCAAUUGUAAAUGUAACCAACACUUUAAAAUAAACUGCAAGUGUUUA